UUCAUUCUCAGAACAUCAAAUUGAAUAAGAACCACUCUCGAUCAAUCAAAGAAUAGAGUUGAUUUUAUGUGGUUGUGGUUGACUCCUUGAAUAAGCGCGCCUGCCAGAUUUGACGUUCUUCCCGCUUAUCUUUACUAUCGCCUCCUCCACUUCCAACCACCACCAACUGAGUACUACUACUUAUACUACUCCACCACCACCGACUCUCUCCUCCUUCUCUCUUCUGAAGACACACAUACAAAUAAACAAACAACCCAUCAACCAUUAUCAUCACAACUAACAACAACAUUCACACAAUGAACACCGCUUCACCACCUCAUUCUCUCACCUCUUCUCCUUCUUUCGGAGCCCGUCGCUCGUCGCGACCCUCUCUCACCCUCGACAUGUCCAACCUCCCCCCUCUUACACAACCUACACCUCCCUCCAACACCCUCAUCAUAACCGAUCUGAACGACAUUCUCCUCUUCCAACCCGACUCCCUCGCCAACCUCAAAGCCUAUCUCGAGUCUUUGGCUCCUCUCAACUCCUUCUCCCCCCUCCCCUCUCUCCGCCGCAUCCUCUGCUCUUUCCACACGGACUCCGACGCUCUCCGCAUCCGCAAACUCUUAACUGGCGCACCACUGCUCAACCGCCCUAUUAUCCCCAAGAUCUACUUCGGCGAGCCAACUCCUAUCAUGGACGACCUUGAGUCCCGCCCUAAACUCCUGGAGGCCCCGCAAGUCGACAAGCUCUUCUUCAUCUCACCGCCCCCCUCCCCGCCCCACGGCUGGGUCAUGCGCCAGGAAGAUCCCCCGAACAAGGAAGUCCAUGCCAGCGAUCUCGCCCAGGCGUUGGCCAAGUUGAAGACGGAGCAGUCUGGUGUCGAGGAAGCAGCGACGGGAGUGGUGGUUUCAUCUAUCGAACAGCAGCAACAACAACAGCCAGGUACUCCGAUGUCCAUGACCUCGGACAAGAGGACGAGCAGUUGGCCCGUGGCCCUGUCGCAGACGCGCAGCCGCAGCAGCACCCUCAUCUACCACCCCGAGGACCACGGAGGUAGCCCUAACUUGCCUGCUGUCAUGGUCGAGGACACCAGUGCUUCCCCAGAUGAAGAUAUCGAUAUGGACAUGAGCCCCAUCGAGAUGUCGGUCAAGAAGAUGCCGCCCAAGACGUCACGGCCCCCAGUGGAGCUGAUGGGGGGUAUCUAAGAACUGCCAAUUUGCCCUUCGCUACUUUAUCAUUUUUCAUCGCUUCCGUUUCAAUGUACAGUCCUCGGUGUGACUGGGCGCGUGUGGUGCAUGGGAUUGGAUUUGCUCUAAUUUUAGAUUUUAGAUUUUGAGAUGCAUCGCUUGGCCAUCAGGGGUUCUCUGUUUACUUGCAGUAAAUGUUUUUGGAUCAUGAAAGGCGUCUGGAUAUGGGAUAGGGGAGAUUGUCUUAUGUGCAUAUAUGUUCAGCACUUGUUGGUUAUGAAGCAUGUUUCUCAGCAUGAUUAUUUUACUCUCUCCUUCUUGUGAUCGAUUCUUGAAAAUACAGACCGAUCAGCUAUAUAUAGUGAUAAGCAAAUAUAC